AUGUCUGGUCGAGGCAAGGGCGGGAAGGGUCUGGGCAAAGGGGGUGCCAAGUGCCACCGCAAGGUGCUGCAGGACAACAUCCAGGGCAUCACCAAACCCGCCAUCCGCCGCCUGGCCCGCCGCGGCGGAGUCAAGCGCAUCUCAGGCCUCAUCUACGAGGAGACCCGCGGGGUGCUCAAGGUCUUCCUGGAGAACGUGAUCCGGGACGCGGUCACCUACACAGAGCACGCCAAGCGCAAGACGGUCACGGCCAUGGACGUGGUCUACAUGCUCGAGCGCCAGGGCCGCACCCUCUACGGCUUCAGUGGCUUAGUCAACGUUUCUGCAACCCUAAGUUUUCCUCCAAAGGCCCUUUUCAGGGCCACCCACUUCCUCUCGGGAAGAGCUGUUAACAAAUUAGCCAAGACACUUUCGUGUAUGUAG